GCGGUGUCGGGCGGCGCUGCCGCUGCUGUUGGGGCUGUGUCUCGGCUGUAGCCUCUCUUUGCUGCGGGUGUCGUGGCGCGAGGCCUCCGGGGAGGAGGGGUGUUGGGCGGUCGGGGGUCGCGGUCUCCCGGGGCUCGAGCAGCGCGUCCAAGAGCGCGACUUCGAGCCCCACAUCGUCCCCUAUAACCGGGGCCCCGACACGCCGCACCGCAAAGUGCUCAGGACGAGGUACAUCCACACUGAGCUGGGGACUCGGGAGCGGUUGCUGGUGUCGGUGCUGACCUCGCGGGGUGGCCUGGGGUCUCUGGCGGUGGCCGUGAACCGCACGGUGGCCCCUCACUUCAGCCGCCUGCUGUACUUCACGGGCCUGCGGGGGUCUGCGCUGCCCCAUGGCAUGCAGGUGGUGGUCCUGGGGGACGAGCGUCCGGUCUGGCUGAUGUACCGGGCGGUGCAGUACCUUCACCAGCACUUUGCCGGCCACUACGACUGGUUCUACUUUGUUCAGGACAACACCUACACGUCUGCGGAGCGGGUGAAGGCCCUGGUGUCCCGGCUCAGCAUUGACCAGGACCUGUACCUGGGCCGGGCCGAGGAGUUUAUUGGCGGAGAUGCCGAGGCCCGGUAUUGUCACGGUGGCUAUGGUUACCUGCUGUCCCGCCGACUCCUCCUCAGACUCCAGCCGCACCUGGACGCCUGUCGGAACCACAUCCUCAGCUCCCGGCCCGACGAGUGGCUCGGCCGCUGCCUCAUCGACUUCACUGGGACUGGGUGUGCCAGUCGCCAUCAGGACGUGUGGUACCGCUCCUUCGCGUUGGGGAAGAACACGGAUGUGGAGCGUGAGGAGAGCGUGGAGUUCAGGGCUGCCAUCACCGUCCACCUCGUCCCUGAACCUGGCCUCAUGUACCGUCUGCGCCGGCGUUUCAGCCAACUCGAGCUGGGCAGGACCCAGCGGGAGAUCGAGCGGCUGCAGGAGGAGAUAAAGAACCUCAGUAAGCUGACUCCGGAGGGGGAGGCGGGGGCCACCUGGCCUAUCGGGAUCCCCCCACCGUUCAGACCCCAGACCCGCUUUGAGGUGAUAAACUGGGACUACUUCACGGAGGACCACCUGUUCGCCUGCGCCUGGGGGGGUCCGAAGUGUGAGCUGGGGGGUGCCAGCCGGGCGGACGUAGCCGAUGUGAUCGAGACGGCGGUGAGAGAGCUCAACCACAAGUACCAGCCGCUGCUUCACUUCCGCAAGAAGCAGCUGCUGAACGGCUACCGGCGGUUUGACCCCACGCGGGGGAUGGAGUACACCCUGGACCUGGUGCUGGAUGCCCGCACACAGCGAGGCCACGGCCGGGUGCUGGUCAAGCGGCUCAGCCUCCUGCGGCCGCUGGGCAGUGUGGAGAUCAUCCCCAUGCCCUACGUGACGGAGGCCACCCACGUCCACAUCAUCCUGCCGCUCACCGUCCACCAGCGAGACUUUGCCGCCGGUUUCCUGGACGUCUUCGCCCUGAACGUGCUGGACGCCCGCGACAACGCGCUCCUCACCUUCCUCUUCAUCUACGACCCCUUCGACGCUCAGCGCGUGAGCCAGAGCGACGUCUUUGCGGGGGUCAAGGCCGCGGUGCUGGAGCUGGAGAAGAGAUACCCGGACGUGAAGAUCCCCUGGAUCAGCGUCCAGACCGACGUCCCAUCACAGGUCAAGAUCAUGGACAUUAUCUCCAAGAAACACCCGGUGGACACCCUCUUCUUCAUCGCCAGCGUCUGGACUGAGGUCAACAAUGAGUUCCUCAAUCGCUGCCGAAUGAACACCAUCACCAGUUGGCAAGUCUUCUUCCCCAUUCACUUCCAGGAGUAUAACCCCACCCUUGUGUCCCGCGACCCCCAGGCCCCGCCCUCCUCCGCCGAGUUUUUCAAGGACGGACACUUUGACCGUCAGAUCUUCAAUGAAGCUUGUUUCUACAACUCCGACUACAUGGCGGCCCGCACCAAGAUGGCGGGGGAGGUGCUGGACAACACGGAGCUGCUGGAGAGCAUGGAGGUGUACGAUGUCUUCAUCAAGUACUCGGGUUUGCAUGUCUUCAGGCCUGUGGAGCCUGCGCUGGUGCAGAAAUAUGCUCACCGCACGUGCAACCCAAGGCUCAGCGAGGACAUCUACCACCGCUGUGUGCUCAGCAACCUGCAGGGCCUGGCCUCCCGCUCACACCUCGCACUCGCCAUGUUCGAGCAGGAGCAAGCCAACAGCACAUAGACCAGACAUGCAGGGCAGGGCAGGGCUGGGCCGGGCAGGGCUGGGCC